AUGAAUUACGGUAACAGUAACAUGAACGCUGCCGGUUUUAACGAAGGCGAUGACGACAGAAGCACGUACGUGAGAAACAACUACAUGUCUAACAUGAACGAAUCUCCAUCGUACAACAACCAGGGCAACAACAUGCAGAUGGAGGAAAAUCCAAAUGCACACAUGUUUAACCAAAUGAGAAACAAAAGGGAAGUAAGCAACAAUGUGAUGACCGCCGGUGGAAAUGGAAACCCUGGAAACAGGAACUUUUACGAAGGCAAUGUGAACAGCGAUGGCUACAUGAUGGGAGACGGGGCUGUGAGGAGCCCAGAAAAUGGUAUGACCGGAGCAGGGUAUGUAAACUACUCAGAAAAUGGCAACAACAAUAGCAACAGCACCAACAACAGUAGCAGCAACAACGUGGGUGGAGGAAACCAAGACAGUUAUAAAAAAAAAUUCGGGAAUAGCAACUACCACGAAAAUGCAAGUAACGAGAAGAACCCCGCGGGGAUGUCUCCACACCACCAGCAUAAGAAGGGCGGUGGGGGCGGCGGAAACUUCAUGGAUAGGGGCAACAUGGACAGGGGCAACAUGAAUAAAGGUAAAAUCGAAAACGGAAUGAUCUCGAGCAACGUGCGCACGAACAGCGCGAACGACCCAAGUAACAACGACAGCAACAACAACAGCAGUAGCAACAAUAACAAUGGCAACAAUAACAAUGGCAAUAGCUACAAUUAUGAGAAGCCGAGAUAUAAGCCGCCCAUGCUGAGGAACCAGCCCAACACGAACAGGAGCAACUUCGGAAGAAUGAAUUACAACAGGGGAUCAGGCGGAGGAGGAAAUCCAGCGUUCGGAAGGAAUUAUAACAUCCCCAAAACUGCAUGGGCGAAUAGAGAUAACAGAAGAUAUUACCCAGAAAAGGAAGAAGAAAUAUAUUCCAAUGUGAAGAGUGAAAAGGGAGUCAAUUUCGACAUGUACGACAGCAUCCCUGUAGAAAUCAAGGGAUACAAUAGCGACAAUAUCAUUCCAAUAGAUAAUUUCGAUGACGUAGGAUUAAAUUUGCAUGAAAUAUUGUUAUCCAAUAUUAAGAAAGUCAAUUACGACAAAACGACCCCCAUACAGAAGUACAGUCUAAGUAUUAUUAUGAACAAGAAUGACCUAAUUGGGGUUGCCCAGACAGGAAGUGGAAAAACGGCCGGAUAUCUUCUACCCAUCAUUAACCAUAUGUUAUUAAAUGACCCACCUAAGCAUACCUUCUAUGAGGAAAAUCAAAAAAGCUCCAGCUAUUAUUACAACCGAGUUUGUUUGCCUAUAUGUUUAAUUCUGGCCCCCACGAGAGAAUUAGCCGUACAAAUUUUUUAUGACUCCAAAAAGUUUUGCUUCGAAACGGGAAUUAAGCCGGUCGUCCUAUACGGUGGUAGCAACAUCAAAACGCAGCUGUCCAACUUGGACAAAGGGGCAGACAUUAUUGUUGCUACUCCAGGAAGAUUAAACGACAUUUUGGAGAAGGGGAAAAUUAGACUCUUCCUCACGUCGUUCUUAGUUCUAGAUGAAGCUGACAGAAUGCUUGAUAUGGGAUUCUCUCCACAGAUAAGAAGCAUCAUGUAUGACUAUGACAUGCCAGGAAAUGAAAACGACUCGCGUAUGAACCCAAACAAAAUGGAAUACAAAAGGUACACCAACGAUGUGGUGAAAAGACAAACCAUCAUGUUUAGUGCCACCUUUAGAAAAGAAAUACAAGUGCUAGCCAAAGAGUAUUUAUUCAAUUAUACAUUUUUACUAGUCGGAAAAGUUGGAAGCACAAAUGAGUAUAUUAAGCAAAAUUUGAUAUACAUAGAGGAAGAGAACAAGUGUAAUUACCUGCUAAAAUUGCUCUCAGAAAAUAACAACGGGUUAACCAUCAUUUUUGUGGAAACGAAGAGAAAGGCAGACAUCAUCGAGCGGUUCCUCAACAACCAAAAGUUAAACGCCGUAUGUAUACAUGGUGACAAGAGUCAAGACGAAAGAGAGAGAGCAUUAAAACUAUUCAAAAGGGGAAUCAAAAAUAUGCUAGUAGCAACAGAUGUAGCUGCUAGAGGUCUGGACAUAUCAAACAUUAAACAUGUCAUCAAUUUUGACCUACCCAGCAAUAUAGACGAUUAUAUUCACCGAAUAGGUAGAACGGGUAGAGCCGGAAAUAUUGGAAUUGCCACAUCCUUUGUCAACGAUGACAAUAGGAAUAUUUUCAAAGACUUGUUAGCAACGUUGGAAGAAUGCAAUCAGGCCAUACCCCGCUGGUUUCUCAAUUUGGUUAUGAGGUACACAGCAAGUGCCAAGUCGAAUCGAAAUUUUAGAUACAGUAAGCCGAGCAAAGGAGGCAAAGGCAACUACUCCAGAUAUAACAACAAUAGUAACUUUGGAUUCAGCCACAGUAAUAGCGGAAUGAACAAUAACCACAGUGGAAGCGGCAGCCACCCCUUUAAUAAUAACUCGUAUAAUCAACACUCCCCCUUCAGUAACAACCACCCGUACAAUAAUAACAACAGUCAACACGGCAUGGGGAACAACAGCGGCUUCUCCAGCACCCCCUUUAACAACAACAGUAACAUGUAUGGAAAUAGCGGCUAUAACAACAAUGGAGGAGGAGGCAGCCCCUACGGAAACAACUCCGGCGGAAUGAACCCAUUCAACAGCAACAGCAACAACAACAGCAGCGGCAAGUUUAACAACAACUACGGGCAUAAGAAGUUUGACGAUCAGAGGUUCCAGAGGUCCAAUUUUCAGGGCGCCGACGAGAAUGUAGAGGGUUGGUAA